GAACACCGGUGGACUGUGUGCUGUAUUUGAGGGUUGAAAGUGGAUUAAAAUGUCUGAAAUGCAGCUGCUGAGGCUUUUCAUCAGUGAGAGGCUGAAUGCUGCUGCAGAGGAGAUCUUCUCCGCGGUGCAGAGGAGCAUAUCUGAUCAACGAUCUCAACAAGACGGGGAACAGCAUGAACACAAACAAGAAGUGCAGUCACACAGUGGAGAGACGACACUGGGUUUUGUCUGUGCAUAUGAGCAGUCCCAAUUUGGGACGGAUUGGAAUCCUAAGAGCUGCCACAACACCCCCAGUGUGGAACAGGAGGAGUGUGGCCUGCUGGUCCCAGAGCCUCCAGCUAUCAAACAGGAGCAGCCAUGGAGCAGUCCAGAGGGAGAACAGCUAUCAAACAUGGAGGUCUCUGACACCAACACUUUGAAAGUGACACCCACCUUCAUUUACUCAGACAUGGCUGAGUUACAAACAGAUGAAACAGGAAAUGAAGAAAGAAAGCCUGUAACUAAUACCUCAGCUGACCACAGACAGAUUGAAGGGAAUGCACAGUCAAGAAGUGAAUGUUGGACUAAUUUGCCAGAUUGUUCUGUAACUCUGAAUAACACAGGGCCUAAGCUGGGUUUAGCAACAGUGACAGAAUACAGUCUUGGAAACAUCCACAUGCAGAGCCCUACAGGAAAAAAACAGCAGACUAAAAGAUGUGAAACAAUCAGCCCAACUUCAUCAAAAACAGAGCCAAAUACAAGCAAGUCACACGGCUGUGAGUUGUGUGGUAAAGAGUUUCGCCAUAGCAACAGUCUGAUUGCGCAUAUGAGGAUUCACUCGGAAGAGAGGCCACAUAGAUGCAGGAUUUGUGGAAAAGAGUUUCGCCAUGUUGGCAACUUGAACGUACACACACGAAUCCACACAGGAGAGAAACCCUACACCUGCACUGUGUGCGGAAAGAAGUUCAGUCGGAAUAAUUUGAUGACAAAACACAUGGCUGUACAUUCGGGUGAAAUGAGUUUAAGCAUGACGAGUAUGUUUAGAAAGGUUCACUUAGCCUGACGUAAUGAGAGUUGAGCAGAAUAACUACUUUUCUGCAAAUCUGUCCAUACUGUGUGAAAUGGUAGUACUUUAAAGUAAAAUGUGGUAGAAAUGUUCCAUGAUGGGUUACAAUAAAAGCUGUAAAUUGUCUUAAUGUUCUUUCUCUGUAAAUUGAUUGUGAUUUUAAGAAAUAAAUGAUCUUUUCUAUGCAUAAAA